AUGACUCUUCCCCACCAGACACCCACGGUCUCUACUUUCAAUUCCGACCGUCCCAAGCUAGCAGACAUCCAAGCCGCCCACGCUCGCAUAUCUGAGCGCAUCCAUCGCACGCCUCUCCUCACAAGUCGAGCUAUCGACGCCCUCGCUACAGAUGCAAUCUUUGGUCCUUCGGCUGCAGCUGGCGAACAGUCCCCUCGCGUGAGGAUCGCCUUCAAAGCGGAGCAUCUGCAGAGGGUGGGGGCGUUCAAAUUCAGAGGAGCUACGAACGCUGUAUUGAGGCACCUCGAGGCCAGCGCAGCAACAGGUGGAAAUGCGAAUUCUGCUCAAGGCGAAAGAUUCAAGCUCGCGCUCGUGACGCACUCGAGCGGCAACCAUGCAGCCGCGUUGGCCUGCGCCGCUACACAGAAUGGCGCGGCAGCUCACGUCGUCAUGCCCAAGAAUGCUCCGCUCGUCAAACAGUCGGCAGUGCGAGGCUACGGCGCAGUGGUGCAUCUAUGCGAGCCAACGCUUGCGGCGAGGGAGAGCACAGCAGAGCAGGUGCUCGAAGACCUGCGAGUGCAAGGCUACCAAGCAACCUUUGUCCAUCCGUACGACGAGCCGUGGGUCAUUGAGGGUCAAGGCACCCUAGCUUUGGAGAUGUACGAGCAGGUGCAGAUGCUUGAACAUCGUCCGGGCUGUAGCCAUGCUCCUUUGACAGGCACACAGCGAGAAAAUGUCUGGCUGCGACGUUCAGAUUCUCUUCCGCGGUGGGAUUUCGUGAUUGGACCUGUGGGGGGAGGCGGGAUGAUGAGCGGAUCGAGCACAGCUCUCAAGGGGUUGGAUGCGAGGAUCGAUGUGAGGGCUGCCGAGCCUCUUGGCGCCGAUGAUGCAUCUCGGUCCUUUGAAUCUGGCAACGUCGAGCCCGCCAUCGUGCCAGCCCAGACUAUCUGCGACGGCCUGCUCACAGCACUCUCAUCCCGUACCCUGUCAAUCUUGCAAAGCAGUGUCACCUGCGUGCAUCUGGUCGACGACGCCUCCACACUCCGCGCCAAUCGACUGCUGCUCGAGAGGCUCAAGCAGGUCGUAGAACCUAGCGCGGCUACGUCUUUAGCGGUCGUCCUCUUCAACAAGGACUUCCAAGAGGCAGUGCGGCAAAAGACCGAAGCCAUCGGGCGUCUAUCGUCGCAUGAGAGCUCGCAGUCGGCGGCGACAAGUCAUCAAGGCAUAGAAAUUAGGAUAGGCUGCAUCUUGACGGGCGGCAACGUGGAGCUGGGCAAGCUCAUCCAAGCCAUAGACGGGGCGGAGGGCUGA